CAGUCGUUGGAGCAUGGUCUUCUUCGCCAUUCUCCAGCCGCUCCGCUACCUCGUCUUCCCUAGGGCUAGGGUUAGCGCCUCGGUCUUCUCCACCGCUACCUUCGUCCCCAAGCAGGCGGUGAAGAUGGCCAACGAGGCGACACCGGUGGAGUGGCCGGCGACCAAGGUGAGGGAAACCUUCUUCCGCUUUUUCGAGGGCAAGGAGCACGUCAACUGGCGGUCGAGCCCCGUGGUUCCCCUCGAUGAUCCCACCCUUCUCUUCGCCAACGCGGGAAUGAACCAGUUCAAGCCGAUCUUUCUUGGGACUGUGAACCCCACGACGCCACUUGGCCGGCUCAGGCGGGCGUAUAACACCCAAAAGUGCAUCCGCGCCGGAGGGAAGCACAACGAUCUUGACGAUGUCGGGAAGGAUACCUACCACCAUACGUUCUUUGAGAUGCUCGGCAAUUGGUCGUUCGGUGAUUACUUUAAGGCUGAGGCCAUCACUUGGGCCUGGGAACUCCUCACCGAGGUGUAUGAAUUGCCUAAAGACAGGAUUUAUGCUACUUAUUUUGGUGGUGAUGAGAAGUUAGGCCUUCCAGCUGAUAAUGAAGCUAGAGAUAUGUGGCUAAGAUUUUUGGAGCCUCAACGAGUGCUGCCUUUUGGUUGCAAGGACAACUUCUGGGAGAUGGGUGAUACUGGCCCUUGUGGACCUUGCACGGAAAUUCAUUUUGAUCGCCUUGGCAAUCGUGAUGCAGCUUCCUUGGUCAAUAAUGAUGAUCCUACUUGCAUUGAGAUCUGGAACCUUGUCUUUAUUCAGUUUAACAGGGAAAGUGAUGGUAGUUUAAGGUCCUUACCAGCGAAACAUGUUGAUACAGGGUUGGGUUUUGAAAGAUUGACUUCGAUUCUUCAGAAUAAAAUGAGCAACUAUGAUACAGAUAUAUUCUUGCCCAUAUUUGAUGCUAUUCAACAAGUAACAGGGGCUCUGCCAUACUCUGGCAAGGUUGGGGCAGAUGAUGUGGACAAAGUUGACAUGGCUUACAGAGUGGUCGCUGAUCACAUAAGAACUCUUUCUAUUGCCAUUGCUGAUGGUUCCCGUCCUGGUAAUGAGGGGCGAGAAUAUGUUCUUAGACGUAUUCUUCGACGAGCUGUACGUUAUGGUAGAGAAGUUUUAAAAGCACAAGAAGGAUUUUUCAGUGGUCUUGUAGGGGUUGUCACGAAAGUGAUGGGUGAUGUAUUUCCAGAGCUCAAGCAAUAUGAAUCUAAGAUACAAGAGAUAAUUGCAGAUGAGGAAGCAAGUUUUGGAAGGACACUUUUAAAGGGAAUUGAGAAGUUUAAGAAAGCUGCACAAGAUGUUCAGGGCAGCAAAAUAAGUGGCCAGGAGGCAUUUGUUUUGUGGGACACCUAUGGUUUUCCUAUGGAUUUAACUCAGCUAAUGGCAGAAGAAAGAGGACUAUCAGUCGACGUGGAAGGUUUUAAUAUUGCCAUGGAAGAAGCCAGGCAAAAGGCUAGAACUGCUCGCAGUAAGGCAGUUGGGGACUCCAUUGUGAUGGAUGCUGAUGCUACAUCCAAGUUGCAUAAGAAUGGUGUGCCUACAACAGAUGAUAGUUACAAGUUUAUAUGGCACCAGGAUCAUGAAAGUGUGGUCAAAGCUAUAUACACUGGUGCGGAGUUCCUAGAGACAGCUUUUGAUGGAGUUGACAUAGGCAUUGUUUUGGAAAGUACAAGUUUCUAUGCUGAGCAAGGGGGUCAGAUAUAUGACACUGGGUCAAUUGAUGGGUCAUUUGGAUCAUUUCAAGUAAAUAAUGUUCAAGUAUAUGGAGGCUUUGUUCUUCAUAUUGGAACUUUAAUUGGGGGGGCCAAAGCAUUAUCUGUUGGCGACAAAGUAAUAUGCAAGGUUGACUAUGACAGACGUACCUUGAUCGCUCCAAACCAUACUUGCACUCACAUGCUUAAUUUCGCACUUAGGGAAGUGCUUGGGGAUCAUGUUGAUCAGAAGGGUUCAAUUGUUCUUCCUGAGAAGUUAAGAUUUGAUUUCUCACAUGGGAAACCCAUCCAUCCUGAAGAUCUGAGAAAAAUUGAGUCUAUUGUAAACCAGCAGAUUAAAGACGAGUUAAAUGUGUAUGCAAGUGAAGCGACUCUGGCUGCUGCGAAGCAGAUAGUUGGAUUGCGAGCAGUAUUUGGUGAGAUCUAUCCUGAUCCUGUGAGGGUUGUGUCAAUCGGCCAUAAAGUGGAAGACCUUCUACAGGAUCCAGACAAUAAAGAAUGGUUAUCUAUAUCAACAGAAUUAUGUGGAGGUACUCAUAUAUCAAAUACUCGAGAAGCUAAAGCAUUUGCCCUUCUAUCUGAGGAGGGAAUUGCCAAAGGAAUCAGAAGAGUAACAGCUGUCACAACUGAAUGUGCAUUCAAGGCAUUGGAGUUGGCUUCCUCUCUUGAUGCUGAAAUUACUGAAUCAUCCAAAUCAGAAGGAAGCUUGCUGGAGAAGAAAGUUGCCACUCUGAAAAGCAAAAUUGAUGCAGCUGCUAUUCCAGCAGCCAUAAAAGCAGACCUCAGAGCCAAGAUUUCCCAACUGGAGGAUCGUGUUAGAAAGGCAAAGAAGAAGAUUGCUGAGGAAAAUAUACAGAAAGCAGUCAAAGCAGCAACAGAAGUUGCAAAAGCUGCUGCUUCUGAACGAAAAGCCUUUUGCAUCGCACAAGUAGACGUAGGGCUGGAUACUGCGGCGGUUCGAGAAGCAGUGUUGAAAGUUUUGGAACUACAGGGGUUAGCGGUGAUGGUGUUCAGCACAGAUGAGACAUUGAACAAAGCCGUGGUUUAUGCUGGGGUUCCCAACAGUGGAUCAAAGACUGGGCUGGCAGUGUUAGAAUGGCUAAAUGAAGUAAUGAAGCCCCUUAAGGGAAAGGGUGGUGGUGGGAAAAACGGCAUCGCCCAGGGCCAGGGGAGCGAUGCAUCCCGCCUUGAGGAGGCAAUGGAUGUCGCGGCAAAAUUUGCUUCACUGAAGCUGCAAUAAUAACACAUCUGGCAUCCAUAUCAAAGCAACAGAACCAAAAUUAUUUUCCGUUUGCUUUUCUUGAUUGAAUCCGAAGCCAAAUAUGAUCUGGCAUUAUUUGUUGGUACUAAUUUAUAGUUGGUUUGAUGGUGCAAAUCCAUUCAUGGUGACACUGGAUCGAAGUUCCCAGUUAUAGCUUCCUACAGAAGGGGAUUGUAUAUUCAGCAUCUAAUUAACUGUUAAAUCAUCAAAACAUGGUGCAGAUUUAGCGAUUAAAUUUUUUUGACAUGGUUAA